UAUCGUUUGUUCUAUCAAGGGUCGAAUUACGACGACGGCGGCAACGGUUGUUGAAAAAGUUUUUCAAAAGCGUCGGGACGCGCGCGUGUCUGGUGCUCCACAAAUUAGCGGGUGAUUGUUUUCGGUCGGAUGCGGCCGGAAGAAUUGGCCUUUGUCUGUCGGGAAGUUCGGCGGGUGGGCUAACAGGUGUUUGGUGUCGUCGCGACAGUUGAAGAGAAAGAUAGUGGUGUGAAACAAGAAGAUGCAAGCCGAAGUUCAAGUGCAUGUUUAGCACGUGUGCUGGCUCCUGAUGGGUUGAAGCAGCUGAGGAUAAAAUUGAUAUUGUGUGUUAGGGGUGGACCUUGUGAGCGUUUGUGUGUGAAUUAAGAGAAGAUAGAUUGGCGGUACCUGUAGUGAUUUGUAGAAAUGAAGCUAAGCAUUAAUUAGUGUAACACUGUUUAUUGAUAACAGGGCUGCCUCCUACGCUGAUUGAUGCAAAUUAUGAACCCAUCAUCACUGUUCGCCCACCAUAGGAAGAAGACGACCAAAUCGUCGUUGCACAAGGCCAAUUUCAAGUAGCAGCAACGGUGCAACAACUUUUCAACGAUCCAUUCAUCCAUGCAUCCAUCCAUUCCGAAGAGAAAUCAGCAAAUUAUGAUAAUGAGACUCCGUUUGAAUGCCGUCACAUCAGCAACGAUGAACUACUACCACGAAUAAACUGUUCGUUCCGAGUGUCAACGGUGUGGAUGGAAUGGUUGCAAUUGUCACCCUUGGCAGAGAAGAAAAUACGCGCGAGUGUGGAAUUUUAAAUCCCCGUCGAGACCUUUGGGCUUAAUUCUCAUUAUGUGCAUGUGUCAAACCGAGCCGUGAUCGAGCCGGGUUCGUGUAGGUACGUGGUGCAAUAUGCGUUUGCUUUGGUGUGUCGAUAUGCUUCAUUAGCUAUGCAGAAAGUUAUGAUUAGCUUGAUCCGAAGAAAAAGUCUUUUCGAACUUUGUCGUGGUUGCGCCAAAGUGUCGUCGAUUGAAUGAAUAAUUAUUGUCUUAUUAGACUGCAUAAAGUCAGCCAUCAGAUCGCGCGGUGUGCAUGAUAUCGUACUCGAUUUGCAGUGUUCAGUGUCUUGCGGCCAGAGGGAGGAAACCUGUAAUUAAGACCCCUCAAUCUUCGUGCCCCCAGCUCGUUUCGGGCCGGAGUCAUAUUACGUGCGCGUGCAGCAAGUUCGUCCAAGCAUUUGGAAGUAUGUAAAUAGUGCAACAACAAAAGCAACGGCCGGUAAUCGGCUCUAUCUCUGCGCGUAUACUUACGUACGUGUAUUCUGUUUAUUUAACGUUCACAUCCAAAGUGCAUCGGAGCUGCAGCGUUGCAGUUGAAUUACGAGCAGCAUCAAUUCAUUCAUCAGAAGAAAAUCAUCAAAUUGGUCGCUGCUCGUGAACUUGAAUACGCAUUCGCCGGGGGAAGUUUGAGCGAGAGGAAGAGCAACCUGCUAUGAGCGGCCAGUGAUGCACGGCCAGUGAUUCAAGAUGUGACACCACCUGAUUGAAUCAAUUUGGUCCAUUUCACGGCUCGUUGCCCACCGUCAUCAUCACCAUCAUCAGUCGGAAUCGAAUGGAUUUUGCCGCCCAGCAGCAACUAAUGCAACAUUGACUGCCGAUAAACCGAUGACAGUCGUCAGUUCGGAUUAGCAUCGGGGCAAUCUACGACUAGCCUCCGGCAGCAAAAGUGUAAAACAACGGAAAACAACAUAGCAAACAAAACAUAAAAGUAAAACACAGCGCCGGUCAGUGCAAUUAGACGACUGCUGUGAACCCCCCCGAAUGUAGAGCACACAAAGAGACUAGGACAACACGGCCUUGACGCGUAACAAAGCAAGGACGAACGGGGCGGACGGACGGUCGGGCCCCUCACAAACAAACGCUCCAAAGUGGAACAUUGUCGUACAAAGCCAAAAAGUCACUCCCGUAGCCAGGCCCAGAGUUCAACUAGCAAGUAGGAAGAACCGCACGUGUACGCCCCCCGAUCCAGAAUGACAACGGCCACCGCCACGACCGAACAUCCGGAGAUCGCUCAAAGACGGCUCGAAUGUUUGGACAAACUCAACGAAACGGUCGAAUCCUCUCCGUCUGGACUCUUCUGCCGGGGGACCUGGGAUGGAUGGCAGUGUUGGCCGGAUGCGGCGGCGGGAAGUUCUGCAUAUGCACUGUGUCCGCCGUUCAUCACUGGAUUUGAUCCUACUAGGUUUGCACACAAAUUUUGCGACGAGUACGGGGAAUGGUUCCGGCAUCCAACGACGAACAAAACCUGGUCCAAUUACACAUCCUGCAUCAAUUAUGAUGAUUUCGAGUGGAGGCAACAAGUGAGAACCAUAUACGAAACGGGAUACUCGAUUUCGCUGAUUGCCCUCAUCCUAUCGCUUGGUAUUUUAAGUUACUUUAGGUCGCUGAAAUGCGCUCGCAUUACGCUACACAUGAACCUGUUUGCGUCGUUCGCCUCAAACAACACGCUCUGGCUGCUGUGGUUCCGGCUGGUACUGGCGGAUCCGGAAGUUCUGAGGCACAAUGGGACGCCCUGCAUUGCGCUGCACCUGGUGUUGCACUACUUUCUCCUGACCAACUACGCGUGGAUGCUGUGCGAAGGAUUCUAUCUGCACACGGUCCUGGUGUCAGCCUUUAUCUCGGAGAAAAAGCUCGUCAACUGGCUGGUGGUGCUCGGUUGGACCGCACCGGGUCUCGUGAUCAUGGUCUAUGGAUUUUUGCGAGCUUACGCCAGCUCUCCGAUGGAUACGAUAGAAUGCUGGAUGAACGAGACUUCCUACGGGACCGUCCUGAUUGCUCCGGUGUGCAUCUCGAUGCUGCUCAACUUGCUAUUUAUGUGCAACAUUAUACGGGUAGUGCUGCUAAAGCUGAAAGCUCCGGCUGGCCCACAAGGAACCGGUCCAUCCCGAACGAUACUGCAGGCGUUCAGAGCUACUCUACUGCUUGUUCCCCUGCUUGGCCUACAGUACAUGCUAACGCCGUUCCGGCCUGAUCCAGGCCAUCCUUAUGAGCGAACGUACGAAACGAUAUCGGCGUUCACGGCAUCAUUCCAAGGCAUAUUUGUAGCCGUCCUAUUUUGCUUCUUCAACGGAGAGGUAAUCGCACAAGUAAAACGAAAGUGGCGCACCGUGUUCUUACGGACUCGAACCAACUCCUACACCGCAACGCAAGUGUCCCCGGUCCGCUUGCAGUUCAUCCGUAGCGGUCCACCCGUUCCCGGUGAAGACAAGGUCUGACUAAAGGAGUACGGCAGUGGCAAUAAGCCUUACCAGUCAUCGAGCUUGUCCCCAACAAACGAUCGGAGCCCCUCAGCCAACGCUACAACAAUGACAAUUUUGGACGGGGCCUUUAACGGGAUGGAUGAGUCGAGUAAUGUGGCAACCAGCAAGGUGAUCGGUGAAGAAUUUAUUCCGGUCGGUGAUGAUUCAAAACAGGUGAAGAUCAAUGGAUCUAGCCCACACGUAGACGGAGGGCUCAGUUCCUGGCGGAGAAGUUCGAUCGAGUGUAGACACGUGAAGCUACCACCGCUUCCAGAAACGCAACAUGGGGAUAACAGUGGGAAUAAUGAGGGUGAUAGUGAACAGGCGGAGCUGUUCGUAGACCCAGCUCCGGCUGACGAAAUUCUAUAAACAUGAUGGAACACAAAAGUAUCGAAUUACUGGAUAGGCGAAUUUAAUAGUAACAUUUAGAAUCAAUUUCUAAUUAGGAUGAACCCUUAUUUGUACAAUGAUGUAGUCGUUCAAACUGAAGAUAGAUGUGGUUCGCAGAAAUCACCUAAAUAGAGAUAAUUUCUGCUUCAAUGUUGAACAAAACGCUUAAAUUUUCGUAGGAUUAACACGUACGCAAACACGCUCUACCUGUUGUAGGGAUAAUGUGAUCAUGUUGGAAAAUAAAGCUAACAGUGAUUUUGAUGG